UCCCCAGCAGGGAGAGAGAGAGGGAGCAGGCUGCUGGGCUCUUCCUGCUGUUGAAAAUUCACUGGGCACUCACUGGAAGUUUUCUUCCUUUCUUCUGCCCUGAAUGUUUUUCCAAACAUGAAGGUAAUAACUUUGUUCAUCUUGGUGGGAUUUACAGGAGAUUUCCAAAUUUUUUCAAGAGCUGCCUCGCCAGUCGAUUGCCAGUGGGAUACCUAUGCCCCAUGGUCAGAAUGCAACGGGUGUACCAAGACUCAGACUCACAGGAGGUCAGUUGCUGUUUAUGGGCAGUAUGGCGGCCAUCCUUGUGUUGGAAGUGCAUUUGAAACACAACCGUGUGAACCUACACGAGGAUGUCCGACAGAAGAGGGAUGUGGAGAGCGUUUCAGGUGUUUCUCAGGCCAGUGCAUCAGCAAAUCUUUGGUUUGCAAUGGGGAUUCUGACUGUGAAGAGGAUAGUGCUGAUGAAGACAAAUGUGAGGACUCAGAAAGUAGACCUUCCUGUGACCUUGAUCAACCUCCUCCCAACAUAGAACUUACUGGAAAUGGUUACAAUGAACUCACUGGCCAGUUUAAGAACAAAGUCAUCAACACUAAAAGUUUUGGUGGUCAAUGCAGAAAAGUAUUUAGUGGGGAUGGAAAUUUUUUCUAUAGACUGAGUGGAAAUAUCCUUUCCUAUACAUUCCAGGUGAAAAUAAAUAAUGAUUUUAAUUAUGAAUUUUACAACAGUAGUUGGUCUUAUGUAAAACAUACCUCAGCUGAAUAUACAUCAUCUAGUAAGGAAUCCUCCUUGUUCAGUUCUUCAUCAUCUUCGUCAUAUAAUCGUAUUUCACAUACCAGUAAAACCCACGAGAACAAGAAUCAUCAGUUGCUGAUUGUCCAGAACACUGUGGAAGUGGCUCAGUUUGUCAAUAAUAAUCCGGAAUUUUUACACCUUGCUGAACCGUUCUGGAAGGAACUCUCCCUCCUUCCCCCUCUAUAUGAUUACAGUGCCUACCGAAGAUUAAUCGACCAGUAUGGGACACAUUAUCUGCAGUCUGGGUCCCUAGGAGGAGAGUACAAAGUUGUAUUUUAUGUAGACUCGCAUAAACUCAAACAAAGCGGUCUUGGUUCAGGAGAUAUGAAGGAAUGUACUGCUUCAAUGUUCAAUUUUUUAUUUUAUACAUCAUCAGAGAACAAAUGCAAAAAGCUGGAAGAUGUCUUAAAAUCAGAUUCAGGAACUCAGGGCAAUAUGGUGCAAGGGGACCCGUAUGUCAGGGGGGGAAGUUUAGACUUUGUGGCUGGCCUCAGUAAGCUGCAGCUGGACAAUCCUGCUGGAAACAAAGGGCGGUAUGCUUCCUGGGCAGAAUCUGUGACUCGUCUUCCCCAAGUCAUAAAACAAAAGCUGACACCUUUGUAUGAGCUGGUAAAGGAAGUACCUUGUGCCUCUGUGAAAAGACUAUACCUGAAGCGAGCUCUUGAGGAAUAUCUGGAUGAAUUUGACCCCUGCCAUUGCCGACCUUGCCAAAAUGGUGGCAUUGCCACUGUUGAGGGGACCCAAUGUCAGUGCCAUUGCAAACCAUAUACAUUUGGUGUGGCUUGUGAGCAAGGAUUCCUUGUAGGAAAUGAAGCAGGAGGGGUGGAUGGGGGUUGGAGUUGCUGGUCCUCUUGGACCCCCUGUGUUCAAGGGAAGAAAACAAGGCACCGAGAAUGCAAUAACCCACCACCCAGUGAGGGUGGGCAAUCCUGUAUUGGAGAACCACGGGAAAGCAGCCCCUGUGAGGAUGAGGAGCUGCAGCAUUUGAGAUUGAUUGAACCACAUUGUUUUCCUUUGUCAUUGGUUCCAAAAGAAUUCUGUCCAUCACCUCCUGCCUUGAAAGAUGGAUUUGUUCAAGAUGAAGGUGCCAUGUUUCCUGUUGGGACUAAUGUAGUAUACACUUGCAAUGAAGGAUAUUCUCUUAUUGGAGACCCUGUAGCCAGAUGUGGAGAUGAUUUACAGUGGCUUGUUGGGGAAAUGCGUUGUCAAAAAAUUGCCUGUGUUCUACCUCCAUUGAAGGAUGGCAUACAGAGUCAUCCCCACAAACCUUUCUAUGGAGUUGGUGAAAAGGUGACCAUUUCCUGUUCAGGUGGCAUGUCCUUAGAAGGUCCUUCAGCGUUUCUCUGUGGAUCCAGCCUUAAGUGGAGUCCUGAUAUGAAGAACGUUCAGUGUGUGAAAAAAGAUGCUCCUUUGAUACCAGCAGGGCCUAAAUGUCAGCGCUGGGAGAAACUGCAGAAUUCAAGAUGUGUUUGUAAAAUGCCCUAUGAAUGUGGGUCCUCCUUGGAUGUAUGUGCUCGAGAUGAGAGAAGCAAAAGGAUACUGCCUCUGACAGUGUGCAAGAUGCAUGUUCUCCACUGUCAGGGCCGAAAUUACACCCUUGCUGGUAGUGACAGCUGUACUCUGCCGGCCGCCACCGAGAAAGCUUGCGGGGCCUGUCCACUCUGGGGAAAAUGUGAUGCCGCGAGCGGCCGAUGCGUCUGCAGGGAAGCCUCCGAGUGCGAGGACGAGGACCAGGACCGCGGCUUUGCGGUGUGCGCGCAGGUGGACGGCGCCCUGCAGACCGUGAGCGAGUGCGCGGCGGGCGCGCUCCGGUGCCGCGGGCAGAGCGUCACGGUCACGGGCACGCGGCCCUGCGCGCCGCCGCCGGGGGCCCCGCCGCCGCACCAGCCCCUGGGCCGAGGCCCGCCGCCCGCGCUGCGCUAACCCGCGGGAGCCGGCCCCCCCCCCCCGCCCCGGCCCCUGCGCUGCGCUGCCCCCCCCCCCGCGCCCCGCCGGGCACCCCAGCGCGGCCCGUGGCUCCGCCCACCGCGAGCCGGAUGCUCCGCCCCUUCGUUAAGAUGCCAGCCCGCGGGGGAUGCCAGGAUCGAGUCCCGCGUCCGGCUCCCUGCGUGGCGCCUGCUUCUCCCUCUGCCUGUGUCUCUGCCUCUCUCUCUCUCUCUCUCUCUCUCUCUCUCUCUCUCUCUCUCUCUCUGUGUGUGUGUGUCUCUCAUGAAUGAAUAAGUAAAUCUUUAAAAAAAUAUAAAAUCUUAAAAAAAAAAAAAGCCAGUCUGCACGAGCAGCACACCUGACCCCUUGCACGAACCGUGUGCUCUUGGACAAACUGCUAAUGUGUCUGAACCGUGACUUUUUUAAAUCUGAAAAUUAGGGGCUUAGCCCAGAGGAAGGCGACUACCCCCGCCCUUUGAUUCCCUCGAGUAUGAUUGACCCCCCCCAUGAUCGACCCCACCCACCGGGGGCCGGAACACCCAGGCUGUACACGUGGAUCAGGAAAACUGGAAGGUCAGAGAGGUUGGCUUGCUUCCCCCAGUGAAGCUGAAUAAGGCAAAGGGCGCCUUGAAUGGAAAAAGGCAGAUCCGGCCAUCCCACCCCAAGCGGCCACCUCAGCUGCUCGAUGAGGACUCAAGCACCACAUGCAGGGAUCCCUAAAUCUUGUCGGGAGAUGCACCCCCUGGAAAGUCUGAACCACUGUGCUGUAGUCACUGGCGCCUUCUGCCUUCUUGUCUGACGACAAAGACAAUCCCAUCUUCUCUCUGGGGCUUUUCUUUAGUAUGUGUCAAGCACAAGAAAUGCAAUUUGUGUGCUUUCUCCCCCCUUUCUUUUGUAGGAGGCAUCAGUUCUGGCCUGAGCUAUUGAGAGAUUGUGUAUUUGACAGAACGGUUUUCUUGCAUAUGAAUACAUGCUUGGAUUUUUCAGGGGGCCAUACAGGUACAUCAAUUGGAGACAUUGGCCUUCUAUUUAUUCCUUUUUCAAUGUUUCAUCAAAACAAAAAAGCAGCUGUGGGAGAUGAAAUGAGUGGGCUUAAAUGGAAUUUAAAAUAUGCUUUUAUAUACACAUAAUAUCUGUGUACUUUUCUGGUACUGAUAAAUACAUUUCAACAAAACCUUAGUUAAAAUGACAAUGAUUAAAAUCUCAUUAAAGAUA